AUGACCGGUAGAGAAGUUAAUGUUGCAAUUAUUGGCUGUGGUUUAGUCGGUUCUGCUGUUUUGAGACAAUUGCAAGCUGCUAAGUCUUCUGUUACUUACAACUUAAUUUUACUUUCUUCCUCUAAGAAGAGUUUGAUCUCUGAUGAUUACAAACCAUUGGACAUUGGAAGCAACUGGAAGGAAACUUUAAACACAUCUAGCAAGGAACCUUUGCCACUAGAAUCCCUAUUGUCAUACUUGAUCAGAUCUCCAAAGCCCGUGAUUUUGGUGGACAACACUUCCAAUGAAUCCAUCCCUGAAUUUUAUCCUAAAUUUGUGGAAAAUGGUAUUUCCAUUGCUACACCUAACAAAAAGGGUUUCUCCUCUCAAUUGAGUCUUUGGAAGAGAAUCUUCUCAAACAAAUCCACUAACGGUUUGGUUUACCACGAAGCCACUGUCGGUGCAGGUUUGCCUAUCAUUGGUACUUUGAAUGAUAUGGUUAACACUGGCGAUCAAGUGCAAAAAAUUGAAGGUAUCUUCUCCGGUACUUUGUCCUACAUCUUCAACGAAUUUUCCACCGUCGAGCCCAACAGCGUGCAAUUCUCCGAUGUUGUCAAGAAGGCAAAGGACUUGGGUUACACCGAACCUGAUCCAAGAGAUGACUUGAACGGGUUGGAUGUCGCUAGAAAAGUUACCAUUCUAGCCAGACUAAGUGGAUUGGAAGUGGAGUCCCCAACUUCUUUCCCUGUCCAAUCUUUGAUUCCUAAACCAUUGGAAUCCGUGGCUUCCGCUGAUGAAUUUUUGGCUAAGUUGCCACAAUACGACUCUGAUUUGACCAAGUUGAAGGAAGAAGCUGCCAAGGAGAACAAGGUUUUGAGAUUCAUCGGAAAAGUUGAUGUCGCUAGCAAGCAAGUUUCUGUGGGUAUCGAAAAAUACGACGCUUCUCACCCAUUUGCCUCUUUGAAGGGCUCUGACAACGUCGUUUCUAUCAACACUCAACGUUAUCCAAACCCAUUGGUGAUCCAAGGUGCCGGUGCCGGUGCCGAAGUCACUGCUGCAGGUGUCGUAGCAGAUGUCAUUAAGAUCGCCGAAAGAAUUCAAGCUUAA